CACAUAGUACACUCACAGCCACAUGCUCCAGGACUGUGCAGACAAACACACACUUAGGAUGGCGACAAAAAUAAUGAGAAGAUGCCACAAAACUUUAAAUACUGCAUUCAUAUUCUAUCUUCUGGCUGUUUGUUUUCAAGGUGUGAUUCGUAAAGAGGUGGGCGUAGAUGCAGGUCAAACCAACCGUGGGGAUGAGGUUCUCUCCAGUCAAACAACAAAUGGGCAAAACAAAGGUUACCCCACCAUCUCACCAGAUUCAGGGACCCCAGAGACACCAGGGGUCAUUGAGAACACCCAGCCUACUCAAUUCAUGAUAUAUCCCACCAAACAACAGAACUCACAGACCACAGAUCAGACCAACUCCAAUACACCUGGAAAUGUGUUGUGUGUGGAUAAAAUACCAGUGCACUUCAAACAUGAUGUCCUGCUGAAACUAAAGGCCUCCUCCACAUGUGAAGAGACUAAAGCCAGAAUUCAGAGUGUCAUAGAGCAUCUCUGUGGUGAGGACUGCAAACUUGAAAUCUACCAGAAAGACAACACAGAGACCAUUGUUUAUGGAGACAGCAUUGAAGAAGAUCCUGAAGGAAUGGCGGGGAAGUUCAACAAUGAUAACAUCACAGAUAAGGUUGAAGUAGUGGAGGCAGUGUCUCGCUUGGGCCAGCGCUCUAAAAUGGUCCUGAUCUCUAUGCUGAUAUGUGGUCUACUUCUUGCUGCUUUGCUAAUCGCUGGAUGCAUCCUGAAGACUCAUCAAGGCCAUUCGAAAGGGUUACGACUGGCUGAGGAAUCCUUCCAAGUAGAUCAAGACAACCAAGGCAACACACUGCUGUCUGUGGCCCCCCUCCCUCAACAGGAGCCUGUGGACAAGCCCAUCAUCAAUGGAGAGUCUCCUGAAUCUCCCCCUCCAAAUGGACACUCUGCAAACCAGACACAGCUGGCAGAUACUCCGAUGUAAGAGGCCUGGAGAUACAAUCAAUCCAACACAAAUCAAGGGUAAUGGCAAAAUCAGGAAACUAGAUUUUCAUUGGGCAUAACUGUUGACGAUUCAGAAACUCUCAGUGGAAUGAUGGUAAGAAACUGAACAAUGAAGAUUCCAUUGGUGAUGUGAAAAGAUUAAUUGAUACGUAACAGGCAGAAAGGUUAAAGAAAAUUAUACACACUAAAUUAUUACUUUCUGGCCUAGCUAUCAGGUUAGUAACCCUUCAGAAUCCACAUCCAUUAACUUACAUCCAGAAACAUCAUCAAAUUUUAAAGAUUUAAUCACUUUACACUUAAAAGACACCAACAGUGGCAAAAUAUUUUGAGACCUGAAUGCUAUUUUAUGAUAUUUGGACAUGGCAAAUAGUAGUUUAACCCAGUGGUUCUUAACUGGUUUUGCUUCAAGAACCAGAUUUUACAGUUGACAUCAAGUGGCUACCUAACAGGGUACAGUAUACUACUUUAUAGUACAAAAGUAAACUAACUUUUGUCUUUAAAAUCCAGUUUUGUGAAUUAUUCAUAUUAAAAUGAACUGCAUAGGCCAAACAGCAUGCAAUUAUACAAGACAUAAGCUGAAUUUUGGUUUCUAAAUAUCUCUUGAAUUUUUGUGAGCCACCAAUUAAGAAUCUCUGGUCUAACCAAUAUGAUUUGUAUAAUACAAGUCUAACAGUUGCUUCAUAUUAUGAUCUUUUUUCAUUUUUUAGGUACUUUAGAAAAUAAUUACUAUUUCAACAACUCUUAAAAUACACUAAGAUUCUUACCAACUAGCAUGGGUAAGAUUCUGAUGGACUUAAUUUGGGAAAGCACUACUUUUUCAAUUUUUUAUUGGUCUACAACAAUUAGUUUUUUCUACUUUCUAACCAGAUUAAUUUCAGUAAUGUUCGGGGUCUUUUUGUUUGAUCAUGAUUUACAUGUAUGUAUUGUCAUGCAUUUAUGACCAUUUUAUGCUAAGCAGCCUGCGCAUUCAAGGUACAAUUUAUCUGAAAAGCAAACCCAGGCCUUGGCAUUUCUAGCACCAUGCUUUAUCAGUUGAGCUACAGGAACUGGGGUAAUAAGUACAAAAUAAUACUUUUGGUCUAUUUAAUUAAUUGGUUGCACAAGAUGCAAAAAUCCUAAAAUGUCAGACAUCACCGAAUAGUAUGCACUAAUUAAGAACAUGUGCUUUGAAAUAGUAACAACAAUGACCAGUGAAUCACCGCUUAAAACUGUCUGGAUGGUUGAUAAACAAAUAAUGACAGACAAAAAAAAAAAAAGAUAUAUAAAUAAGACAAAUGUAUUUUAGCUUUUCAAUUUUUGUAAAUGCCUGUAUUUUUAUACAAAGUAUAUUUUGUUUAUAUCCUUUUUGUUUGGCAUGAAAUAAAAACAUGCAGUUACUCAUUAGGGAAAAAAUGAAGAUGAACAUAUAGAAAUUUUGUUUUGUGUACUGUAUGGGAAAGUUUAUGUGCAUAAGUGAGUGAUUAUAUCAUUUUUUCAUUGUUUUUUUUUUUUGGUUUCAAUUGCUAUAAAGAAGCCAAAUGUCUAAACAUUUAUAGAAUAAAAUACAAUUUUCAUGCAGUUCCAACAAAUUAAAAUAAUUUGUUGUAGUGUCGAUAUCUGUUUUUUUUACUUCCUUACAUUCUGA